AAAUGCCGAUGAGAUCGCCCGAAGAUCUGAAAUGAAUAUUGUAUAUCCAGAAAGGGAACCGAUAAAUCCUAACACAACAAACCUGUGUAUAUUUAAAUUGAACAACACGAGGUGCUACCCCUGUCAAAAAGGCAGCUACUACCCGAAAUAUCAGUCUGAAGCACAGUUCUACCAGUGCAGCCAGGGACUGCUAUUCCUCAUGAACUGCCCGGACAAUACCAUUUGGCACGGAAAAUCAAUCAGGUGUAUCUACGACCGGACUCGACUGUGGAGAUUGGCUGCCAUAGAAAUAAAAAAAGAUGCUGCCCUGGCCAAUAAUAUUCCUCUUCAGUUCUUGACCCCUAGGUGGCCACAGAUACCGGCUGGACACGUUGACCUGUCAAAAAUGUGUUUGUUCGAUCACCAGGAAGCAGGGUGCCAACAUUGUACUGUGGGUAUUACUUACAGUCACCCAUUCAGACAGGACCUCUACUAUAAAUGCGUUGAAGGCGUACUCCAGCCAAAACUAUGUCCGGAUGGGAUGUGGUGGCAUCAAAUGGCAGCUCAGUGUGUGCACAAAGGUGUCUACAACAUGACUUUUUCUCAAAGACCUCUCUCUAUCUAUGAACCAAUUGAUCCAACAACCACACCCUUGUGUGUAUUUGACACUAACAACACUCAGUGUAUACCCUGCCAACCGAACAGUUACUACCCGAAGUUUCAAUCGAUCUCACAGUUCUACCAGUGCAGUCACGGACUUUUGUUUCUUAUGCAGUGUCCGGACAAGACAGUCUGGAAUGAAGCAUCCAUCAAAUGUGUUUAUGGACCUGAACGGUAUUGGUUUGCAUUUGUGGUGAAAACCAUAAAACAAUCGAAAAUACCCGGGUCAUUGAGAGAAAUUCUUCACAUCACAAAUUCCACUUCAAGAGUUAAGAUCGCCUAGAAGUGGCUGAAACAGAACACUGACAAAUGUGAAUCGAGUUGUGAAUAUAUAUAUAUAUAUGAACCAGGCACAGACACAGAAACUCACAUAUUGUUUGCAUGAUAUUUUCACUUUAAAGUCUCCCAAGUACAUUGUUACACGAAGUGAUGACGAUAAUGCAGAGGAUGGCAGUGAUGAUGAUGAUGGUGAUGACAAUAAUGAUGGUGAUAAUGAUUAUAAUAAUAAUAAUAAUAAUAAAAAUAAUAAUAAUAAUAAUAAUAAAAAUAUCGUCUGAUAUUAAA